CAGCUCGGCUGGCACUCACCCCUCACUGGUACAGGCUCAGGGUGGGGUGCCUCUGAGGAGGGCCGGGACCUCAGUGCCAAGGAACUGAUCAUGUGGGGGCACGCUGGCCUGGAAGAGGUUAGCCCGCAGUCCCCUCCCAGACCAUGCCGAGGCUGCUGCCGUCCCCAAAAUGUGGUGACAUUUCAUGUUGCAAUGCUGGGAGCACUCGUGACAUCACGGUGACCUCACCAUGAUUCACGGUGGUCACGGUCAUCAUGCAGCAACACCCAAACCUUCAGGACACAUCACCACAGAGUCAUUCCGCUGGUCCACCUGGAUUAACCAGCAAGUCAGGGUCAGGGGUCACGUCUGGGUGCGGGCGGGGGGGGGGGGGAUUCCUUCUGAGCUCCAUGGGGUCUGUCCACUGUCCUCCUUGCCUUUCCUCCUCCAGGCAGGGCCCUGGGCAGCAGGCAGGUCACCUGAGUCCUCCCCGGUGAACAGAGGCCCGGUCUGCUGUGGAAACGGGAGUCAGGAGGGUCAGGAGGGUGGCGGCUGUGUGCCUACGGGACCCUGCAGGGGGCUGGGUAAUCCUGGAGGAUGGCUGGGGCUCCUCCACCUCUGGCUCCUGUGCUGAGGUGCAUUUCCAGGCCCCGAGGGCCAGCAGAAAGCCCUCGUCACCAGCCGGACAUGCUGGCCCUACCGGUUCGGGCAAGGCUGGGAGACGAACCAUCCUUAGGACGCAGCCCCCACCCCUGUGCGGGCCGGCCCUGCUUGACUUCCCACGGCCUACCAGCUCAUCCUGGACCCUAGACCGAGUCCGGACUCUCACCCAGUUGGGCCUGGCACCCUGCCCUCAAGCACCUGCCCGAAAACUGGAUGUGUACCAACAAAUCAGAUCCCCGUGUUGGGAUCCAUGUUCAAACCCAUUUCGUCUGACCCAGAGUCACACUCUUCCAGUGAGAGCCUAGGCCCUGCCGACCUCUUGGCCAGGUGACCCUGGCUGAGUACUCCACCCUCUAAGGUGCCUUUUUUAGACCAUGGCUCUUGUGUGUCACGUGACCUGGGCCCAGUGUGGCAGAGCCCAGAUGUCAAUAGUAACGAUUGUGGGCCAUCGUCAUCAACUUUAUUUCUGCCCAGAUGGCACAGCCAGCUCGGAGGCAUGUCGUCAGGCCAGCAGGCGUGGCAUACGGCCGUGCUGGCCCCUGGUCGGACCAGCCCUGCAGCCACGGCGCCCGGGUCCCCCAGCUCAGCCAGCAGCCCCAGGUCCCCCAGCACCCCGAGCUCAGAGAAGGCGGCCUCCCCGCUGGAAUGCUCCAUCUGCUUCUCGGGCUACGACAACCUCUUCAAGACGCCGAAGGAGCUCUCCUGCACACACGUCUUCUGCCUGGAGUGCCUGGCACGGCUGGCGGCCGCCCAGCCAACCGGCCAGCCCGGCAGCGAGGCCGUGCCCUGCCCGUUCUGCCGGCAGCCUACGGCUGUGCCUGCCGCCGGGGCCCCCGCGCUGCGCACCAGCCGCCAGCUGCAGGCCAGGAUGCCGGUGCACCUGCGGCGGGAGGAGCCCGUGUGGCUGGAGGGCACGAAGCUGUGCUGCCGCCCACCGCCCUCCGCGCCGGGCCUUCCCGAGCCUGGCUUCGUGUGUGUGGACGUGGGCCUGAGCAAGCCUGCCCAGCCCGCCGCACCCACGCCCACUCCAGACCCCGCGCGCCACCGGGGCCGCCUGGCCCGCUGCUGGGCCCGCUGCAGGAACUGGAGGCGGGUGGCGCUGGUCACAGCCCUGCUGCUGGUGCUCUCCUGUGUGGUGCUCUGGCCUGUGCAGUGCGCGCUCAAGACUGGGAACUUGCACUGCCUUCCUCAGCCCUCCGCGGCCACGGCCACGGCCACGGCCACCGCUUUCUCUUCUGGGCCCCUGGCUGACAACUAGGGUCAGCCACCCCUGCCCCAGCUGCCCGCGUGGGUCCCUUGCCCCCCGCUGGGUCACAGGAGCAGCAGCUCUUGGGAGUUGGUCCCCUGGAGGAGCCCCAACAUCUCUGAGGACCCCAUUUCCCAUUCGACUCACCUUCCUUGUACUCUGUGGUGCUGGGUCCUGACGGCAUGAAUAAAAGGGUCCCUGAAGCCUCCAAGAAUCACAGGCUCCCACGGAUCCCAGAGCCCACCUUCCUCUUUCCCAGGGUGCAGAUGGAGACCCGGGCCCAGGAGAGACGGCCUUGGUCAGGUCCCUCCCUCUACGCUGCGAACCGCCUGCCGUGGGAGCCCUUGGCUGAGGAGGGAGGGGACUCGCCAUCUUUAUUUUCACAUUUCACCCAUGGCCCCUUCCCCAGGCAGGGCUGGCCCCUUCCAUUGUGCGGGAAGUGGGCAGGGCGGGGGGGGGGGGGGGGGCGGUGGCGACCAGGGGGACAGGGGGCAGCAGCAAGAGGCCGGGUCCCCCGGUACCCACCCCCCUCUCCUAAACUGUACAUUUUUAAAUAAAUUAUUUUGUAUCCACA